UUUUAGGGGGAGAGUAGAGAAAUACAGACAUUUAUCCGUUUACUCGUGACUCACUUACAACGAACAGACUGUCUUUUAAACGUAGCCUUCAGUAUAUUUCAGCGAACUUUCAGGUAGUCAACAAGCUAACAAAGCUAGUGAGGUAUUCAACGGAGUAUCGCAGCCAUGAUGGCGUCUAGCUAUAAUGCAAAGGAGGAAGACGGGCACCAUUCUGGGGCCUCUGGACCUGGCAGCAGCACGGUGAAAAGUAGAAAACCUGAUAAUACAGCUUUCAAACAGCAGCGAUUACCUGCUUGGCAACCGAUUCUAACUGCGGGUACCGUCUUGCCAGCGUUUUUUGUUAUCGGCCUUAUCUUCAUCCCAAUUGGAAUAGGUCUAUACGUUACAUCAAACAACAUCAAGGAAUUUGAGAUCGAUUAUACGGGGAUUGACAUGUCCAGUCCAUGUUUCAACUGCUCCCAGAGUUUUAGCUGGAAUAGCUCCGUACCAUGCAAAUGCUCCUUAGCCUUCUCUCUUGACCAGCCUUUUGAGAGCAAUGUUUUCAUGUAUUACGGUCUCUCCAAUUUCUAUCAAAACCAUCGGCGCUAUGUUAAAUCCAGAGAUGACAGUCAGUUGAAUGGAGACAGCUUCUCACUGACCAAUCCAAGCAAGGAGUGCGAGCCAUAUCGCACCAGCGAGAACAAGCCUAUCGCUCCGUGUGGAGCUAUUGCAAACAGCCUGUUCAAUGAUACACUGGAGCUGUUUUACAUUGACCCCAAUGGAACAAGAACACCUAUUCCACUGAUAAAGAAAGGGAUUGCGUGGUGGACAGAUAAGCAUGUGAAAUUCAGAAAUCCUGGUGGCAAUAACUCCAACCUCACUGCCAUUUUCCAGGGAACCUCAAAGCCGGUUAACUGGCGGAAACCUGUCUAUGAGCUGGACACAGACCCAGAAAACAACGGCUUCAUUAACGAGGACUUCAUUGUGUGGAUGCGUACGGCUGCCCUGCCCACAUUCCGGAAGCUUUACCGUAUCAUCCAGAAGAAGAAUAAUAUGACACCGACGCUUCCCAGAGGCAACUACACCCUUGAAGUCACUUACAACUAUCCCGUGCGUAGUUUUGAGGGACGAAAGCGCAUGAUCCUGAGCACCAUCUCUUGGAUGGGAGGGAAGAACCCUUUCUUGGGCAUCGCCUACAUCACCGUCGGAUCUGUCUGCUUCUUCCUAGGUGUAGUCCUGCUCAUCAUCCACCACAAAUACGGAAACCGUAACAACAGCUCCGACAUUCCCAACUAAAGGGCCCUGCUUGUUCAGUGCAUGCUUUCUUCCAGACGUUGCUGUGAAGAGUGGCUACGCUUCGUGCAAGCUCUGUUAUCUGUAUGUGUGUUUCUUUCAGUGGUAUGCUUACUGUCUUUCAGAGCCGCAUUUCUGCACUUUAAAGAGUCAUACUCAAGUUUUGUACGGGUGAGUGUCUUAUGAAAGUGCUCUGACUACCCAGAAUUCUACUGUAUUUUAUUUUCGAGCUUAUAAGAAGUUCUUGUCUCUAAUUUAAGAUGUCUUUUUUUUUUAUAUUGUCUUUUAAGCUGGAUAGAGAGCUAUGACUUUCCUCUAUUGAAGUGAGCACAUUUGAAUGCUGAUGGUAUAUAGAAGAUAUUAUACAUUAUUAUAAUUUAUGUGUUCCUGUUUGAUGAAUGUACAGUUGUAUUUAUGAUAAUGAGUUCCUCUGCAAUGUAAAGAAGGCUAGGCUAAAGUGUGUAAAACAAAUGUGUGUCUAAUACUAUGAUAGUUCAUGCUUUACCAUUUCUGUCUUGUCAUGUGUAAACUCAACUGAAAAGCUGAUGGUUUAAUUUGGUUUAAGGUGUGUAUGCUCAUGUUUACAGUGAAAAACAG